UAGCAGUGGAGACGCCCGGAACCCGCGGCGGCGUGGAUGCGGAGUGCUGCGCUGUCUCACCAUGGGCGAGCACGGCCUGGAGCUGGCGUCCAUGAUCCCGGCCCUGCGGGAGCUGGGCAGUGCCACUCCAGAAGAAUAUAAUACAGUUGUACAGAAGCCAAGACAAAUCCUAUGUCAGUUCAUUGACCGAAUCCUUACAGAUGUAAAUGUUGUUGCUCUAGAACUUGUCAAGAAAACUGACUCUCAGCCAACCUCUGUGAUGUUGCUUGACUUCAUCCAGCAUAUCAUGAAAUCUUCCCCACUUAUGUUUGUCAAUGCGAAUGGAGGCCAGGGCCAAAAGGAGGCCAAAGCCAGUUGUAUUGAAUUCAGUAAUUGGAUCAUAACAAGACUUCUGCGGAUUGCAGCAACUCCAUCCUGUCACUUGUUACACAAGAAAAUAUGUGAAGUUAUCUGUUCAUUAUUAUUUCUUUUUAAAAGCAAGAAUCCUGCCAUUUUUGGGGUCCUCACAAAGGAGUUAUUACAUCUUUUUGAAGACUUGAUUCCCCUCCACAAAAGGAAUACAAUGGGACAUGUCGUAGACUGGCCAGUGGUCGUUUGCCGAUUUUCAAGCCAGUUAGAUGAACACACGAGAUGUUUACAUCCGGCUCCUUUGCAGUUCGUGAGCAUGCAAAAUUUAGACUGUAUUGAAGUCACUUUACUCAUGGUUCUUAUUCGUAUUAUUGCAACUGUGUUUUUUAGGCGGCAGGAACUCUUACUUUGGCGGAUAGGUUGUGUUCUGCUAGAGUGUGGUUGUCCAAAAGUUAAAUCCUUGGCUAUCAGCCUUUUAACUGAACUCUUUGAACUUGGAGGACUACCAGCACAACCAGCCAGUACUUUUUUCAGCUCAUUUUUGGAAUUAUUAAAAGACCUUGUAGAAAUGGAUAUUGACCAGUUGAGGCUGUAUGAAGAGCCACUAUCAAAGCUGAUAAAGACACUAUUCCCCUUUGAAGCAGAAGCUUAUGGAAACAUUGAGCCCGUCUACUUGAAUAUGCUGCUAGAAAAGCUCUGCGUCAUGUGUGAAGAUGGUGUGCUUAUGCGGCUCAAGUCUGAUUUGCUGAAAGCAGCCUUGUGUCACUUACUGCAGUAUUUUCUUAAAUUUGUGCCAGCUGGGUAUGAAUCUGCUUUGCAAGUCAGGAAAGGCUACGUGAGAAAUAUUUGCAGAGCACUUGUGGAUGUUCUGGGAGUGCAGGCAGAUGUAGAGUACUUGUUGGGCCCACUUUAUGCAGCCUUGAAAAUGGAGAGCAUGGAAAUCAUCGAGGAGAUUCAGUGCCAGAGUCAACAGGACAAUGCCGGCAGCAUUAGUGAUGGAGUGUCACCCAAAAGGCGUCGGCUCAGCUCCUCUCUGAACUCUUCCAAACGAGCAUCGAAGCAGUGUGAAGAAGUCAAACACGUGGAUAUGAACGAGAAGAGCACAUUAUGGAGUGCACUGAGACAGAAAGUGGAAUCUCUCCAGCUGUCCCUCGGAUGUAGUCUAUCAAGCCCCGUCACUAAGACACUGGAAGGACUUGCCGUCAUCCUACAACUGACCGCUCUGUGUAUUAUGCAUUGUUCUCAAGAAAAUGUGGCCGGCCAUCAUUUCAAGGACAGUGAACGUGAAGGUAAGAAGCAGCCAUCAGUAGUGAUAACUUGGAUGCCUGUGGAUUUUUACACAAGUGUGCUGAAGAGCUGCAGGAGUUUGCUGGAAUCUGUUGAGAAACCUGAACUGGAGGUAGUCAUUGAUACUGUGGUGAAAAUCUGUGAUGCUCUGAUUUACAUGCAGGUGAAGAAUUCAUUUGAAGAUGGUGUUCUAGAAGAUUUGUGUGGCAUGCUCUCUCUGCCAUGGAUUUAUCCCUACUCUGCUGAUGACUCUUUAAAGCUGACCACAUUCACCGCUGACCUUCUAACAUUAAGCCAGAGGGUUUCAGAUAGCUACUCACCACAGGCCCAGUCGCGGUGUGUGUUUCUUCUCACUCUGCUCCCAAGAACGUGUCUUGAGUGGAGAACCACAGUCUACACCUGGGCCCUGCAGAGCCCCCAUGAACUAGUCCGGGCGAGUUGUGUGAAUGGGUUUUUGAUCUUACUGCAGCAGCAGAAUUCCUGUUCCAGAGUUCCCAAGAUGCUUAUAGAUAAAGUCAAAGAUGAUUCUGAUGUCGUCCAGAAAGAAUUUGCUUCUAUACUUGGCCAGCUUGUCUGUACUCUUCAUGGCAUGUUUUAUCUGACAAGUUCUUUAGUAGAACCUUUCUUUGAACACGGACAUGUGGACCUCUUCUGUAAGAAUCUGAAAGCCACUUCUCAACACCAUUGCUCAUCUUCUCGACUAAAAGCUUCUGUUUGCAAGCCAUUUCUUUUCCUAUUGAAAAAGAAAACAUCUAGUCCAGUAAAGCUUGCAUUCCUAGACAAUCUGCAGCAUCUCUGUAAGCACCUUGACUUUCAAGAAGACGAAACAGAUGUGCAAGCAGUUCUUGGAGCUUUCCUGAAUUUAAUGGAAGAUCCAGACAAGGCUGUGCGAGUGGCUUUCAGUGGAAACAUCAAGCAUGUGUUGGGCUCCUUGGGCUCUGAAGAUGGAGUUGUAAAAGAGCUUUUUGUGUUAAGAAUGAAGGAAGCAUACACACAUGCCCAGAUAACCAGGAAUAAUGAGCUGAAGGAUACCUUGAUUCUAACCACAGGGGAUAUCGGAAGGGCAGCAAAAGGGGACUUGGUUCCUUUUGCACUCUUGCACUUACUGCACUGUCUGUUGUCAAAGUCGGCAUCUGUCUCUGGAGCAGCGUACACAGAAAUUCGAGCUCUGGUUGCAGCUAAAAGUGUAAAACUGCAAAGUUUUUUCAGUCAAUAUAAGAAACCCAUCUGUCAGUUUUUGGUGGAAUCCCUCCACUCCAGUCAGAUGUCAGCACUCCCAGGCACUCCUUUCCAGAAUGCCGAGAUGCGGAAACAAGAUGUAACUCACCAGAGAGAAGUGGCUCUGAACACCUUGUCUGAGAUUGCCAACGUUUUUGACUUCCCCGACCUCAAUCGCUUCCUUACUAGGACUUUACAAGUUCUCCUGCCCGACCUUGCUGCCAAAGCGAGCCCCGCAGCCUCUGCUCUCAUCCGAACCUUGGGAAAGCAAUUAAAUGUCAACCGUAGAGAAAUCUUAAUAAAUAACUUCAAGUAUAUUUUUUCUCACUUGGUGUGCUCCUGUUCCAAAGAUGAAUUAGAACGUGCUCUUCAUUAUCUGAAGAAUGAAACAGAGAUUGAGCUGGGGAGCCUGUUGAGACAGGACUUCCAGGGCCUGCACAAUGAACUCCUGUUACGCAUAGGAGCACACUAUCAGCAGGUCUUCAAUGGUCUGGCAAUACUAGCCUCCUUUGCCUCCAGCGACGAUCCGUACCAGGGCCCGAGAGACAUCACGUCCCCGGAACUGAUGGCUGAUUAUUUGCAGCCCAAGCUACUGGGCAUCUUGGCCUUUUUUAAUAUGCAGUUACUGAGCUCCAGCGUUGGCCUUGAAGAUAAGAAAAUGGCCUUGGAUAGUUUGAUGUCUUUGAUGAAGUUGAUGGGACCCAAACAUGUCAGCUCUGUGAGGGUAAAAAUGAUGACCACGCUGAGAACUGGCCUUCGAUUCAAGGAUGAUUUUCCUGAAUUGUGCUGCAGAGCGUGGGACUGCUUUGUCCGAUGCCUGGAUCAUGCUUACCUCGGCUCCCUUCUCAGCCAUGUGAUCGUGGCUUUGUUACCACUCAUCCACAUCCAGCCUAAAGAAACUGCGGCCAUCUUUCACUACCUUAUCAUUGAAAACAGGGAUGCUGUGCAAGAUUUUCUUCAUGAAAUAUAUUUUUUACCUGAUCAUCCAGAAUUAAAAAAGAUAAAAGCAGUUCUCCAGGAAUACAGAAAGGAGACCUCUGAAAGUACUGAUCUUCAAACAACUCUUCAGCUAUCCAUGAAAGCGAUUCAGCACGAAAAUGUAGAUGUUCGUAUUCAUGCUCUUACAAGCUUGAAGGAAACCUUGUAUAAAAAUCAGGACAAACUGAUCAAAUAUGCAACUGAUAGUGAAACAGUAGAACCUGUUAUCUCACAGUUGGUGACUGUGCUUUUGAAAGGUUGUCAAGAUGCAAACUCCCAAGCUCGUCUACUCUGUGGAGAAUGUUUAGGGGAGCUGGGGGCGAUAGAUCCAGGUCGAUUAGAUUUCUCAACAACUGAAACCCAAGGAAAAGAUUUUACAUUUGUGACUGGGGUAGAAGAUUUAAGCUUUGCCUAUGGGUUAUUGAUGGAGCUAACAAGAGCUUACCUUGCAUAUGCUGAUAACAGCCGAGCUCAAGAUUCAGCUGCAUAUGCUAUCCAGGAAUUACUUUCCAUUUAUGACUGUAGAGAGAUGCAGAUGAGCGGCCGAGGUCACCAGUUGUGGAAGAGAUUUCCUGAGCACGUUCGAGAAAUACUAGAGCCUCAUCUAAAUACUAGAUAUAAGAGUUCUCAGAAGUCAACAGAUUGGUCCGGAGUAAAGAAGCCAAUUUACCUAAGUAAAUUAGGUAAUAACUUUGCAGAAUGGUCAGCGUCUUGGGCAGGCUAUCUUAUAACAAAGGUUCGGCAUGAUCUUGCUAGUAAAAUCUUCACGUGCUGUAGCAUAAUGAUGAAGCAUGACUUCAAGGUGACCAUCUACCUUCUUCCACAUAUUCUCGUGUAUGUCUUGUUGGGGUGUACUCAGGAAGAUCGGCAAGAGGUUUAUGCAGAGAUCAUGGCAGUGCUGAAGCACGAUGACCAGUGCACCGUGGGUGCCCAGGACAGCGCAUCUGAUCUGUGCCAGCUGAGUACACAGACCGUCUUCUCCAUGCUCGACCAUCUCACGCAAUGGGCAAGGCACAAAUUCCAAGCAAUGAAUGCCGAGAAGCUUCCUCAGAGCAAAUCCAACAGAGAUAAGGUCAGCUCAACGGUGUCAAGUGCAGGUUUAGAAGACUAUCAGAGUGUAACUCGGUUCCUUGACCUCAUACCUCAGGAUACCCUGGCAGUAGCUUCCUUUCGCUCCAAAGCAUACACACGAGCUGUAAUGCACUUUGAGUCAUUUAUUACAGAGAAGAAGCAAAAUAUUCAAGAGCAUCUUGGAUUUUUACAGAAAUUGUAUGCUGCUAUGCAUGAGCCAGAUGGAGUGGCCGGUGUCAGCGCCAUCCGGAAGGCAGAGCCAUCUCUGAAGGAGCAGAUCCUGGAGCACGAGAGCAUCGGCCUGCUGCGUGACGCUACCGCCUGCUAUGACAGGGCCAUUCAGCUCGAGCCGGACCAGAUCAUCCAUUACCAUGGUGUAGUGAAGUCCAUGUUAGGUCUUGGUCAGCUCUCUACUGUAAUCACUCAGGUGAAUGGAGUGCAUGCCAACAGGUCUGAGUGGACGGACGAGUUGAACACAUACCGAGUGGAAGCCGCCUGGAAACUGUCACAGUAUUUGGUGGACAAGUAUCUGGCAGCAGAUGGGAAGUCUACGACGUGGAGUGUCAGACUAGGACAGUUAUUGUUAUGCGCCAAAAAAAGUGACAUCACAGCUUUCUAUGACACACUGAAACUAGUGAGAGCAGAGCAAAUUGUGCCUCUUUCUGCUGCAAGCUUUGAAAGGGGCUCCUACCAGCGAGGAUAUGAGUACAUUGUGAGAUUGCACAUGUUGUGUGAGUUGGAGCAUAGCAUUAAGCCACUUUUUCACCAGUCUCCAGGCAACACUUGUCAAGAAGACUCUCUAAACUGGGGAGCGCGGCUAGAAAUGACCCAGAACUCCUAUAGAGCCAAGGAGCCCAUCCUGGCCCUCCGGAGGGCUUUGUUAAGCCUCAACAAAAGACCCGAUUACAAUGAAAUGGUUGGAGAAUGUUGGCUACAGAGUGCCAGAGUGGCUCGAAAGGCUGGUCACCACCAGACAGCCUACAACGCUCUCCUUAAUGCGGGAGAGUCGCAACUUGCCGAGCUGUGUGUGGAACGGGCAAAGUGGCUCUGGUCCAAGGGUGAUGUUCACCAGGCACUUAUUAUGCUUCAGAAGGGUGUGGAAUUGUGUUUUCCUGAGAACAAAUCCCCAACUGAGAGCAAGCACAUGCUGAUCCAUGGUCGAGCUACGCUGCUAGUGGGCCGAUUCAUGGAAGAAACUGCUAACUUUGAAAGCAAUGCGAUUAUGAAAAAAUAUAAGGACGUGACCUUGUUCCUGCCAGAGUGGGAGGAUGGGCAUUUCUACCUUGCGAAGUACUACGACAAAUUGAUGCCCAUGGUAACAGACAACAAAAUGGAAAAGCAAGGCGAUCUCAUCCGGUAUAGUCUUCAUUUUGGAAGGUCUCUGCAGUAUGGAAACCAGUUCAUCUAUCAGUCCAUGCCACGGAUGUUAUCCCUCUGGCUUGACUUUGGUGCUAAGGCGUACGAGUGGGAGAAAGCUGGCCGUUCUGAUCGUGUCCAAAUGAGAAACGACUUGGCUAAAAUUAAUAAGGUUAUCACAGAGCACACAAAUCAGUUAGCUCCAUAUCAAUUUUUGACUGCUUUUUCACAAUUGAUCUCUCGGAUUUGUCAUUCUUAUGAUGAAGUUUUUAUUGUCUUGAUGGAAAUAAUAGCCAAAGUGUUUCUGGCCUAUCCUCAGCAAGCAAUGUGGAUGAUGACAGCCGUGUCAAAGUCUUCUUAUCCCAUGCGUGUGAACAGAUGUAAGGAGAUUCUUAAUAAAGCGAUCCUUAUGAAAAAAUCUUUAGAAAAAUUUGUGGGAGAUGCAACUCGCCUAACAGACAAGCUUCUAGAAUUGUGCAACAAACCGGUUGAUGGAAGUAGCUCCACGUUGAGCAUGAGUACUCAUUUUAAAAUGCUUAAAAAGCUGGUGGAAGAAGCAACGUUCAGUGAAAUCCUCAUUCCUUUGCAAUCAGUCAUGAUACCUACUCUUCCAUCAAUUCUGGGUGCCCAUGCUAAUCACGAGCCGUUUCCUGGGCACUGGGCCUAUAUUGCAGGCUUCGAUGACAUGGUGGAAAUUCUUGCUUCUCUUCAAAAACCAAAGAAGAUCUCUUUGAAAGGGUCAGAUGGAAAGCUUUACAUCAUGAUGUGUAAGCCAAAAGAUGACCUGAGAAAGGACUGCAGACUAAUGGAGUUCAAUUCUUUGAUCAAUAAGUGCUUAAGAAAAGACGCAGAAUCUCGUAGAAGAGAACUUCACAUCCGAACAUAUGCGGUUAUUCCCCUGAAUGAUGAGUGUGGUAUCAUUGAAUGGGUGAACAACACUGCUGGCCUGAGACCUAUUCUGACCAAGAUAUAUAAGGAGAAGGGAGUGUAUAUGACAGGAAAGGAACUUCGUCAGUGUAUGCUACCAAAGUCAGCAGCUUUGUCUGAGAAACUUAAAGUAUUCCAAGAAUUUCUUCUGCCCAGACAUCCUCCUGUUUUUCAUGAGUGGUUUCUGAGAACAUUCCCAGAUCCUACAUCAUGGUACAGCAGCAGGUCAGCAUACUGCCGGUCCACUGCAGUGAUGUCGAUGGUUGGUUAUAUCCUGGGGCUUGGAGACCGUCAUGGUGAAAACAUUCUUUUUGAUUCUUUGACUGGUGAAUGUGUACAUGUGGACUUCAACUGUCUUUUUAAUAAGGGAGAAACCUUUGAAGUUCCGGAAAUUGUACCAUUUCGCCUGACUCACAAUAUGGUUAAUGGCAUGGGCCCUAUGGGAACAGAGGGUCUUUUUCGGAGAGCGUGUGAAGUGACGCUGCGGCUGAUGCGCGAUCAGAGAGAGCCUUUAAUGAGUGUCUUAAAGACUUUUCUACAUGAUCCUCUUGUGGAGUGGAGUAAACCAGUGAAGGGACAUUCAAAAGCAUCACUGAAUGAAACUGGGGAAGUUGUCAAUGAAAAGGCCAAGACACAUGUUCUUGACAUCGAGCAGAGACUGCAAGGUGUGAUCAAGAACCGGAACAGAGUGACUGGGCUGCCACUGUCUAUCGAAGGCCAUGUGCAUUACCUCAUCCAGGAAGCUACUGAUGAGAACUUAUUAUGUCAGAUGUACCUUGGUUGGACCCCAUAUAUGUGAAGUGAAAUUAUUUCAAAGAAUAUGUUAAUAAUCUGAAAUUAAUGCCCUCGUUAUUAACGAGUGCUGUAUCUUCAGUUCAAAAGUACAACCCAAGUUUAUUCUUGUUCUCAGGGCAACUGGUCGUAUUUCUGAUUGUUAACAACAUUUAAAACAAUAUAUGUACAGUAAUUAACUAAAACUUCACUCUUCAU